AUGACGCUCCUGCGUGUGGCCCCGUCCUGUGACAGAGCUGCCAUGGCCAUGUGGAAGACCAUCAUGUGCUCAAGCAGGACUGCAAAGCCAGUGCAGCUGACACUCCUGGAUGUGCUGGGGAACUGGCCAGUGUGCAGCACGUGCACCUCCGAUGGGGACAAAACGGGUGUCUUUGCCCUGGCUGCAACUCUGGUGAUGUGGAAGGUCCUCCAGGUGCCCUGUAUCCCACGUAUAAUGAAGGUGUAUUUCCCACACCUGUUUGUGCACCUGCUCUUCCAAGUGUUCUUCAGCACUCUGGAUAUGCCAGAAGAGGUGGAUACCUUCUGGAAGGGAUGCCAGGAAGAACACGGCCUUGCCACCAGCCCCAACAGGUUUGCAGUGCGGACCCUCAAGUCCCUGCUCUGCCUUCUCCGCUGUGAGGAUGUGGUGGUGGCAAUGGAACGCAAGGGUGCCUGGGACACGCUGCUCUGUGCUGACACCCACCACUAUGCCGUGGGUCUGCUGGCCAGGGAGAUGUCCUGUGUCUCCAUACCCUCCUGUUCCCGGAUCUUUCGCUACCUGCUCCGGCUGCUGAGCACACAGGAGCCACGCUGGGAUCUGCCUGCCCUGGCGUUCCUUGUGGAGGUCCUCGAGUGCCUGGACUUGAGGGAAUGCAGCGACAGUGUUCUGGAGAUCAUGACAAAGAACCUGCGGAGCGAGGACGGGGAGAGGCGUCACUUGGCACUCCGAGGCCUCGUGGUGCUGGGCAAGAAUCCCUUGAUGCUGCCCGAGUGCUUCGGGACGGGCUUUGGCCUCUAG